GGAACCUGCAGCCCGGGCUGUGGGCAGGGCAGCUGCGGCCCACUUGUCCCGCCCUGACUUUAAAAUUCCAGCUGCCGCUUGCCGGGCACUGAGCAAGUGUGACUAGCCUAGCAGCCUGACAGUGGGUCGUCCAACAGGUUAGGAAGGCCAGGUGUUUUCAGGAAGCAGGGGCCUGGGAGUCCCAGGAAGUGAUUAGUCCACUAAUUAGCUGUAAAUUCGGCGCCAGGCCAUUGAUUUCACUGGACUCGCGUUUGAGUGGAGGAGCCUGAUUUUCCCAGCCUCUGCCACAGUCUCGUGGGUGGAUGGUUUUGCCUCUCUGGCCUCAUCCUUUGUAACGUCGUGGGUCACCAAAAUACAUGAAUGUGGUAUAAUCCAUUUUCUCUUUAAAAUACAACUAAGAAGAUAACUGCCAAUCACAGCUUUAGGUCACCAGGAGAACCACUUUUCCCUCUGGAUAAACAUUUCUGUUGGGCAAAAAAAAAAAUGUUUUAGGUCAGCCUAGGCGACCUCCUUACAGGUCCGCUUCCUCACUGAGGACAGAAGGAUGCCGAAGAAAGCAAAGCCCACGGGGAGAGGGAAGGAAGAGGGAUCUGCUCCCUGUAAGCAGCUGAAGAUGGAGGCAACUGGCGGACCCUCCUCCGCUUUGAAUUUUGAAAGCCCCGGUGAUCUCUUUGAAAGCUUAAUCUCGCCCAUCAAGACAGAGACUUUUUUCAGGGAAUUCUGGGAGAAGCAGCCCCUUCUCCUUCAGAGAGAUGACCCUGCAGUGGCCACAUAUUACCAGUCCCUGUUCAGACUGUCAGAUCUGAAGAGUCUCUGCAGCCGGGGUAUGUACUAUGGAAGAGACGUAAAUGUCUGCCGCUGUGUCAACGGGAAAAAGAAGGUUUUAAAUAAAGAUGGCAAGGUGCACUUCCUUCAGCUGAGAAAAGAUUUUGACCAGAAAAGGGCAACAAUUCAGUUUCACCAACCUCAGAGAUUUAAGGAUGAGCUUUGGAGGAUCCAGGAGAAGCUAGAAUGCUACUUUGGCUCCUUGGUUGGCUCGAAUGUAUACAUAACCCCUGCAGGAUCCCAGGGCCUCCCACCCCAUUAUGACGACGUGGAGGUAAGAGGAAGAACAUUGUUCUGCUCGGGUAAGGAAUCACUGCGAGCCUGGGUUAGAUGUCGGUUCAGUUCAGCUCUCUGAGCUUCUUGCCGUGUGGUCCCGGAGAUCUUGACCUCACCCAGAUGUUGGGUCAGGUGAAUCCUGCCAAACUGGUUUCCUGCUCAUUCUCAAAGGGGAGAGAUGGUUUCUAACUUUACUAAUAUAAAGAGCUACACAUUCCUAUGAAACAGGUAUUUAUUGAAUUUGUCUACAGAAAAGCGUGAUUGGCUUUUUCUCUAAUUUCACAAUGUACGAGUUUUAGUAAAGUGAGGUCACAAGUAAUCCUUACAUCUGCUUUCAUUUCAUCCUUUUUUUGGAGCUGCCAAAAAUAGAUAAUUUUUUCCAUUUGUGAAAAUCUUGGGGUGGCUUGAAUGAAGGUCAUGGUCUCACUUCGGCACUGGCACCUUGACAGGUGUUGAUUCACUCUCAUGUGGCUGCUGAACAAGUUCAUUCUCCGUCAUGGGUAGUCCAUUGUUUUCUUUUUAUGCUACUGCAACGGUAUGAACACAGAGUUAUUAGUAAAAAGUCCCUUCUUGCCCCUUUGAAAGCAAUUUCAUACCAAUACAUUUCCCAAAAGUUUUUGUUUUUGCUGUUAUAAUAUUUUA